AUGGCGCCUCCAGCUGAAUGGCGGGGCAUCGCCGCCACCCCAUCUCUCCCGAGCCGCUGGGAAACCGGCGUUGCAGGGGUAUUUUCCCAGUUCAAUGCUUCUCUGCCCGCAUCCUCAGCCGGCCACCAUGUCCUCGUGAUGUACAUGUACAUGAAGAAGUGGCUAGGGAGCGAGGGUGGGUUGCAAGCCCUCGUCGCCAAACUCCUCGUCAAAACCAAAUGGACGGUGGGUCGGCUCUGCGUCCCCGCCCCGGCACCCGUGCCUCCGGCAGCUCGAUGCAAAGCCGGCGGUGGUCGUGGUCACACACCAAGGAACUGGCGGCACGCCGCAGCCCGCCUCGUCGGUGUUGCCAUUCCGUCACACCCUGCACAGUAUCAGCAGGAAACCCAUCCUGUUGUGUGCUCGGGUGUCCGGCUCUCUGUACCAAGCCAAGGGCACAGAAUUGAGUGCAAGGGCGCUGUCGAUUCGGCAAGCCCGUCUUUCUCCGCUGCCAAGCAGCCCUCAGCCGGUGGGGACAAGGAUCGGAUGGAUCGAUGGAAGUGA